GUGAUCAAACUCUUUUCAGUUACCAAACAAACAAGGCAACAACGUGUACCACUUGUACUCUUUUUGAUCUCUCCACAUAUAUAAUAAAUCAGAUUCAAUCUAAGAAUCCAAUUUCUUCUCUUUUCUUUUCUUGUUAAUACUACAUUGUCAUUAAUUUGUUUUCAUCAAAUAAAAUGGAAAAGAAAAUUCUUGAUCUCAUAUUAGUCCCUAGUGGUCUCAUUGUUAUGGUAGCAUAUCAUUUAUGGCUUCUCUACCAAAUUAUCAAACACCCUACAAAAACUGUUAUUGGUGUCAAUUCAAUCAAUCGUCGUUUAUGGGUUCAAGCUAUGAUGGAGGAUGUGUCAAAGAAUGGAGUUUUGGCAGUGCAAUCUUUGAGAAACAACAUAAUGGCAUCAACCCUUUUGGCUUCAACUGCGAUAAUGCUAAGUUCUCUAAUAGCUGUGUUAAUGAGUAGUAAAAAUGAAGAAAGCAGUGUUGUGUCUGUGGUAUUUGGUGAUACAACUGAGCUAGUUUUAUCAAUCAAGUUUUUCUCAAUAUUGGUUUGUUUCUUAUUAGCAUUCUUAUUGAAUGUUCAAUCAAUAAGAUACUACAGUCAUGCAAGCAUACUCAUCAAUGUUCCUUUCAAGAAACUGUCAUCAAAUCUUAGACAACAGAAACUAACAGCUGAAUAUGUUGCAAACACAGUUAACCGUGGAAGCUAUUUCUGGUCACUUGGUUUGCGCGCCUUUUACUUCUCUUUCCCACUUUUCAUGUGGAUCUUUGGACCUAUUCCUAUGUUGUUUUCUUGCUUUGCACUUGUUUCCAUGCUCUAUUUCUUGGAUACUGCUUAUGAAUGUGGUUGGGCUGCUAUUGUUGGAGCUGAUGAUGUUGUUGCUGCUGAUGAUUGUGUUGAAGAUGGAGUGCACAACAAGCAACACCAUGUUGACAUGGAAUUGGUGGAGCAAAUUAAAAAUUAAUCGGCCGCAAAACUGAUAUACCAAAAUUUAGAUGUGUAUAUCUAGAUUUUGAUAUAAUGGUUAUGUAGACGUAAUAUUAGUAUUCGUUUUUUAUAUAAAACAAAGUGUGCAGCCGUAGUAUCUGUGUAGUCACUGCAAAGGAUUGAAUUUUGCUUUUUAGUGGUUAACUUUUAGCUUAGUAGAUUUUAAGCUAGAUAGAAAAGGAUGUGUAGAAAAUCUACAUUCAAGUUCAACUCAAGUUGAACUGUAUGUCAACUUAAUUUGAGAGCUUUUGAAUGGUUAAAAAUGGAAUUAGUGUG